CAGAACAUCUGGGAAGUCCCUGCGCGAUCAAUCGGAUUUACUCCAGGGUAACAGACAGUCCUCUGCAGAUUUGCUCCGACGCCCUGAUAUUUGCAGUGCCAGCUCUGGGGUGGAAGAUGGCUGCUACAACAGAUGAGCUGAGGCUCAAUGUUACUAACUUCCCUGAAAAUGUCAUCGAUGUGGGAAAAAUAACAUUUGGUGAGGACCAGAGAAAAAGGAAGAAGUUAGACAAGUCCAGUAAAGAAAAGCUAGACAGUCAAAACAUUAAGCUCACCCGAGCAGCCUGUGCCCUGCUCAACUCAGGGGGCGGAGUCAUAAGAGCUGAAAUUGAGAAUGAAAAAUAUUCCUUUAUGCGACACCGGAUUGGAUUGGACAUAGAAAAAUCAUUUAGGGACUGUGUUCAAUCUGAUCUCUUCAAUGAUUACUUCGACGUAGUUCAGGACGGUCUCUACUUGGAUAUUUGGGUCAAAACAUGGAGUAGCGAGAUGUUCUCACAACCCACAGUUAUAUCAAAGGCUCGCCUAUGUUGUUUGGAAACGGGGCUGCUAUGGAGAUCUGGCACCUCGGCUGUGCAAAUGAAACCCUUGGAGGCUCUGAAUUUUCUGAAAGAAAAGCAGGCUUCUGCCAAGAAAGAUCCUGGAGAGGUGGCAGGGCUGAUGUCGAAGAGGGCUCGUCUUUCGGAUGGCAUCUGGCAUUCCAAAGAAGGUGGCGUACACGUGGAAGAAGAUAUUCUCAAGGCGGCUGCUCGGUUUUUGGAACGGGACAGUCUGAAAUUUGAGGAGUCCUUGGAUUUCUCAGAGUCAACAGAGGUUGAGUUGAAGGAAUUAACAAGGGUUGGAGACAUCCUGGAAUUUGUUAAAGCCACGCUGCCCAAAUACCUCUCUGCUUUUGCAAACACCAAAGGGGGAUACUUAAUUUAUGGUGUGUCUGAUGAUGGGAAGGUUACUGGUUAUAAAGAAAACUUAGAGCCAGAUCAGUUGGAAAUCGAAGUGCAGGAAGCCACAGAGAUUUUGCCCCACUUCCAUUUCUGUGGUUCUUUCAAGAAAGUCUCCACUGAAUGUAAAAUCUUGCCUGUUUACGAAGAAAACGGAACAAGGCAUGGUUACGUCUUUGCUGUGCAGGUUAAGCCAUUGUGCUGUGCUGUCUUUGUAGCAGCUCCCGAUUCCUGGAUUGUGAAGGAUCGCCAAGUGAAGAAGCUACGAGUUGAUGAAUGGGUUGAGCUGAUGACAGCAGAAGAUCCAGACCUUUCACACUUUAAUGAUGGCUUCCAGCUCGAACUGAGUAGGUCCUGUAAGUCUCCACUCAGCAAAUCGGUAUAUUCUGCUAAAGGCGUUGCCUGCCUGAAGGAUCUCCGAAGCUCUCUAUGCCCCGGAGAUUCAAGUGGGAUAUGCUAUAAACCAGAAGAACUCUGCACGGAACUCUUUUCGGAAUAUGAGGGACUGAAGAACAUUAUGCACAAGAAGAUGAAGGAACUGCAGUUAUCUAAGGGAGUCCUGAUGUUUUCAAGAAGCUGGGCUGUUGAUGUCGGCCUGCAGCAAAAUUCGUGGGUUGCCUGUGAUGUCUUCUUAGUAGCCACAGGUACAUUUCCAAGGCUGUACACAAUUACUGUGGAUGAGGAUUGUUCUGUCUCUUCAGUGAUCUCUCUGUUGGAAUACUCAACAAAUGUUUCCCAUGUAUUAAAGCAGAAGCUGGUGAACGAAGGGGGAUAUACUCAGAAACUUAGUGUGCUUUCCCAUGUCAUUACGCUUGGAAUCAGUGGAGAGGUAAAGAUAGAUAUGAGUUCACAAGUUACGUGCCCACAACCCUAUUUGAUUUCCAGCCAUGAAGACCUGAUACAAGCCCUUGCAAUUGUCUUGCUAAGGUUCCGGUCUUUCUUAAGUGACCAGCUUGGCUGUGAGUUUUUCAACCUUCUCACCAUUAAACAGCAUGAGAUCUUAACAAAGAACCUCCACAAGAACAAGAAACUGUUCAUCUAUGGCCUUCCAGGAUCAGGGAAAACUAUUGUGGCCUUACAGAUCAUAGAGAAGAUGAAGAAUGCUUUUUGCUGCGACUCUGAGGAGAUCCUUUAUAUUUGUGAAAACAGGCCUCUGUGUGAGACAGUGAGAAUGGAAAACAUUUGCAAUGCUGUUACACGAGCUAGUUUUUUAAAAGGGAAAUACCCUCCAUUUGUGAAGCACAUCAUAAUUGAUGAGGCCCAGAAUUUCCAGUCUGGAGACGGUGAUUGGUACGGGGAAGCUGUGAAAAUUACGCAAGCCGAUGCUCAUAAGCCUGGCAUUUUGUGGAUCUUUUUGGAUUAUUUACAAAAAACACACUCUUUUAGUUGUGGCCUCCCUCCUCCAUGUGAUCAGCAACCUCAGGAAUGGCUAACUCUAGGGGUGCGGAAUGCCACUAACAUUUAUGAUAUCAUGAAAAAACAAAUGCAUUCUAUACUGUCCUUUCGCAAUGAACUGUACAUUCCUUAUGAACAGUUAAAAAAACUUGUGGAAGAAGCUCGGUGUGGUCACAGUCUGGCGGGGGUUUUAGUCGAACCUGAAGUGAACAAUGAAAACACAAUAGCAGAUUAUAUAGUAAAUCACUGUCUUCAGUAUUUCCGAAAUGGUUAUUCUGGAAAAAACAUCGCUAUUCUUUGCAACACUGCAACUGAGAGGGAUAAAUAUCGUCUCUUACUCGAGUCUAAAAUGUCAAGGCACGUGAGAAAACUAAAGUUGUCUGGAGGCUUCUCAAACGCAGAUGAUCCAAAGGGGAACAGCAUUGUUCUAGACAGUGUCCGCCGAUUUUCAGGCCUCGAAAGAAGUAUUGUGUUCAGCAUUUAUCCACUUUCUGUACCAGUGGCUAUUGCUGCAAAUCUGUUACUCUGCAUGGUGUCAAGGGCCAACUUGCAUUGUCAUUUGCUGUGUGCAAGAGUAGAGGAUUCCGUGAAUUCACCUGGUUCUUCCCAAAUUUGACAGGCUUAUGCAAACUGUGAUCAGCCUUUUAAUUGUAAACUCUCUAAGCCAGAAACCCCCAAUAUAGCAUCUGUAUGUGCCCUUCCUGAUGCAUACCAAGUGUUUUUAGAAAGUGGGUGGUAUACCAAAGUGGUUAAGAAUGGUGGACUCUAAUCUGGAGAAAUGGGUUUGGUUCC